AUGGACUCCAAUACUGCGGCCGCAAAACGACCCCUGAAACAGGAGGCUUCAACAGCAAACAAGGCCUAUCUGAUCUUCUACAACUUCCUCUCAGCUGUGCAAUGGUCUGUUGUGCUCGGCCGCACCGCCAUGCUUGCCAGUGCCUACGGGCCUGAGUACGUCUAUCCUAAUAUUGGCCAAUAUACAAAAUGGACGCAGACUCUGGCUGGGUUGGAGGUGCUGCAUUCGAUGCUUGGCGUCGUCCGUGCUUCCUUUAUGACCACUCUUAUGCAGGUCGCCUCGCGUUUCCUGCUCGUCUGGGCCAUCGUCGAUGUAUUCCCCUUCCUCGCCCUCUCGCCCUUUUAUUCCUCCAUGCUCAUCGCUUGGUCCGUCACCGAGAUUAUCCGCUAUUCUUUCUUCGCUCUCUCGCUGUCCGGCUACCAGCCCAAGUUUCUUACUUGGUUGCGUUAUAACACUUUCUUUGUGCUCUACCCCAUUGGUAUCUUGAGUGAAUGUAUGCUCAUCUGGUUCGCCACUGAUCCUGCGGGCAACAUUAACGAGCUCUAUAAGUGGGCACUUUACGCCGUCUUGGUUAUCUAUGUUCCUGGAUCUUAUGUCUUGUAUACACAUUUGAUGAGCCAGAGGCGCAAGGUCAUGCGAAAUCUGAAAGCACAGGGUCAGAAGGCUCAAUAA